GCGUGUGAAGGCAUCCAUCCACAAGGCAAACCGUAAAUAACAACACAGCGCGCGUGUUCGCUCGCUGUCAAACAGCUGUCUCGGGGUUUUGAGAUCCCGCACGAACUGUGAAGCCUGCCAAAGCGAGAUGCGAUCUGUGAACCCCAAUAGCAUCAGGUGCUAUGCAGCUCUGAUGCUACUGAUUUCCAUCGGUACCGUGCAUACCUUCCGAAGGCAACACCACCGGCCACAGUCCUCGUUCGUCUCGAGAAAUGACUUCGAUUGGCGUCUCGCUCGUGAAGUGUUCCAGCAUGAGAGCUCAAACGUCGUGUUUUCGCCGUUCUCUAUCAAACUUUUGCUAACGCUACUGUACGAGGCAGCCGAACCGGGUACUGCUACCCAUACCCAACUCGAAGCGGCACUGUGCGAUCCGGAUCUGAACCGGACGCGUGCCUUCUACACCCAGUUUCUGGACACAUCGGCGCAAACGAACGGUGACUAUGAGUUCGAUAUUGGGACGAAAAUGUUUCUGGAUAAAGCGCACGGCAAGCUGCCGCAAACGUACACGGACCUGCUGGAGGCGACGUACCGCACCUCGCUAGAUCGAGUAUCGUUCAAUGGUACGAAGGUGACCACCGAUCGGAUAAACAACUGGUGUGAAAAGGUAACCCGUGGUCGAAUCACGGAGCUAGUGACAGAAGACAUGAUUCAGGAUGCAGAGCUUAUCCUGGCCAACGUGCUGUUCCUGAAGGCAUCCUGGAAGAACUCGUUCCCCGACGACCAAACGCACAAUCGGACGUUCCACGUCGCCGACGGCGAAACAGUGACAGCCGAGUUCAUGAACCAGAUGGAUCUGUACGAUUAUACCGACCAUGAGCAGCUCGGUGCGGAAGUGUUACGGCUGCCGUACAAGGGACGCCAGUUCAGCAUGAACAUGGUGCUACCGCACCGUAACGUUUCCCUGGCGGCACUAACCGAAUCCCUCACGCCCACCAUGCUCGACUCGAUAGCGCAAACGUUCGUGCGGGAAGAGGUAACCGUGGUGAUACCAAAGUUUCGCUUCAACUACGGCACACUGCUGAACGAAGCCAUCCAGAGCCUUGGCAUAAGCGACAUAUUCACUCAGAGUGCAGCACUUCCGCUGCUUUCUCCUGCCGAUGAACAAGCGUCUAAUGGCACCAGCAAAAACAAAAUACAGGUGUCGAAGAUGCUGCAAAAAGCAGGAAUCGAAAUCAACGAGAAGGGAACGCUAGCUUUCGCUGCCACAGAAAUUCAGCUAGUCAACAAAUUCGGUUACGACGGCGAGCCAAUCGUGUUCGAAGCCAGUCGGCCGUUCCUGUUCUACAUACUCGAUGAGGAAACAAACGCGCUGCUGUUCGUGGGAAAGGUGACGAAUCCUACGCAAAGUACGCCCUAACACAUUCCGAGA